AUACCGAAGUAAAGACGUGCGAUUUGUAAGACGGAGUGUCAAAACCGUAAUAAUUAUUGUUAAAUAGCCGAAAAUAAACAAAAACACACGCCGCGCAAAUGACAACGAAGCACUGAUGCAAUUGCAAUGUAAAAAUUAUAAAGAUAAAAGAAAAAACAGUCGAUCGGUCGGCAGCUGUGUUUUUGUGAUGCGUAAAAAAUAUUAAUAAAAUCGAGUUAAAAAAGAAUUUCAACGUAAGCACGUGUGCACUAAGUCAGUCUGCGAUUACAACAAAUACGGCAAGGAAGACGGACACGCCUCAAGCUUAAUAUGAAUGGGCAUAAAAAAUAGUUAAACGUUACGCAAUUCGAAAUGUGCAGCAAAGUACAACAAAAUGCAACAAAUUAACAUUUAUUGACAAAGUGCAAUUAACAAAAAAGAGAAAUAAAAACACAGCAACAACAGAAGCAGCAGUAGCAGCAGCAGCAAAUUCAGUUGCGUCUCAGCGCGUAACAACAACAAUACGCAGUAAAGAAAGAUCAAAAGAGCAGCUGGCAAUUAAGAGCAGAGAGAGUGGAGUGGAGUAGGAGCAGGCGCAGCGUCGCUCUCGUCAUGGCAACCGCUCACAGUCAUCAUAAUGCCAAUUUGCUAAGCUCGGACAUAUCGCGUCGCAAUCCGCAGGAUGAGUACGAGCUUAUACAGAAAAUUGGCUCCGGCACCUAUGGCGACGUUUACAAGGCGAAACGCAUACAGAGCAACGAGCUGGCCGCCAUCAAAGUCAUCAAGCUGGAGCCCUCCGAUGAUAUACAGAUCAUACAGCAAGAGAUAUUUAUGAUGCGCGACUGCAGGCAUCCCAACAUCAUUGCCUACUAUGGCUCCUAUUUGCGGCGCGACAAGCUCUGGAUCUGCAUGGAGUUCUGCGGCGGCGGCAGCCUGCAGGACAUCUACCAGGUAACGGGGCCACUCACCGAGGUGCAGAUUGCCUACAUGUGCCGCGAGACGCUCAAGGGACUCGAGUAUUUGCACUCCAUGGGUAAAAUGCAUCGCGAUAUCAAAGGUGCGAAUAUAUUGCUAACCGAAUACGGAGAUGUCAAGCUGGCGGACUUUGGAGUCUCCGCGCAGAUAACGGCGACCAUCAAUAAGCGAAAGAGUUUUAUAGGCACGCCCUAUUGGAUGGCGCCCGAGGUGGCCGCAGUGGAGCGCAAGGGCGGCUACAAUCAACUUUGUGAUAUUUGGGCCUGCGGCAUAACCGCAAUUGAACUCGCUGAACUGCAGCCGCCCAUGUUCGAUCUGCAUCCAAUGCGCGCCCUGUUCCUGAUGUCCAAGAGCGGCUUCAAGCCACCCACAUUGAGCAACAAAGACAAGUGGAGCCCAACGUUUCACAACUUUAUCAAAACGGCACUGACCAAGAAUCCAAAGAAGCGACCCACGGCCGAGCGCCUGCUGCAGCAUCCGUUUGUGCAAUGCGAAAUGUCAAUGCGUCUGGCCAAGGAGCUGCUCCAGAAGUACCACAGUCCCAAUCAGCAAUUCUAUUAUUGUCUGGAUGCCGACGAGGAGACGGUGGCCGGCGUACCGCAGCGCAUUCCCAGCAAGAUGACAUCGCGUGCCAAUGGCGUCCCCUCCCAGAAUCAUACGCUUAAAACAACAGGUCUCACAACGAACUCCACGUGGUAUGAGCGCUCUUCUAGUCCCGAAACGCUGCCCAGCGAUAUCACGAGCGUGAAGCGGCAAAGGCGCACUUUGAUUAUGAACAUGUCCUUAAGGAGCCUCUUACAAUAUAUUGAUGAGGAACUAAAGCUAAGAGCAACAUUGCCAUUGAAUGAGACCAAAGAUUCGUCACUUGCUGGCGAAUGCAGCUGCAUUGCCCACAAUGGCGUCGGUGGCGGCGUUGGAAGCGUUGGAAACGGCAGUGGGGGCGUUGCCGCCAUCAAUGGUAGCAGCAGCAGCAGCGGAGGCGGCGGCGGCGGCCCAAGCAGCAGCAAUGGCGGCGGCGGCGCUGGAAGCCAACAGCAGCAACAUCAUCAUCACCAUCAUCAUCAACAACACCAAUAUCAUUACAACUCGAGCAGCAGCAGCACGGGCAUGGGCACAGUUACUUCACAACUGCAGCAGCACCAGCACCACCAACACCAACUGCACCAUCAUCAGCAAACCACCAACGCACUGACUACGUCCAGCACCAGCAGCGUCAACUCCAAUACCAAUUCGAACUCCAACUCCUAUACAAAUUCCAAUUCAUUGGCCAUGCCCGGUCUGAGCGCCUAUCUGGGCCUGCUGCGCACCACCAGCAUUGGUGACGACCCUGUCGUGCCACUGGACAUGGACAUAGCCAUGAAUAAUGCUGCAGCAGCAGCAGCAGCUGCUGGUGCGUCAGCGACAGGUGCAGUUGCUGCGGCGGCUACUGGUGGCGGCUGUUCCGCCUCCGCUGCGCAUUAUUUGCGCCACAGCAGCAAUUAUCGCUCGGCGGUAUCAUCCGCAUCCGCAUCCGCGUCCUUCGCUUCGAUUGCUGACAAUGGUCACGGUUUGCUCGCCAGCAAUCCAAACGCCGCGUCAGCAACCACAUCCGCCUUGUUUUAUAAUCGCCUACUACUCCUCGAUAAUUCCAGCGGCGAUGCAGUCGGCGGCAGCAAUGGGCUGGACAAGCAUGAGGCAGCGGCCACGCCCACAGCUCCAGCAGCAGCAGCAGCGACGCAAUCCGCAGGCGAUGGCUACUUGCAUUCCAGCAGCGCUUCAACCAGCAAUGCAGCAGCAGCCACAGCAGCAGCAGCGGCAGCAACAGUUGCUGGCAAUGGCGGCAGCAACAAUUCGCAACUUUACCAAAAUCUGCUGCGCAGCGCGGCGGGCGCUGAGCUCAAUGCAGCGGGCGCGGGCAGCAGCAGCAGCGACAACAGCAACUGUGAUUAUAGAAACGAGAGCAAUCAGAACGGCUUGGAGGACUCGCCACGACGACAUAGCAGCAUGGAUCAGUUGAUUGGACUACUGAACGACAUGGGCAAAUCUACGCGCACGCGCAGUCUAAGCGACGGCGGCACGCAGGACGAUGACGAAGUGGAAAAGGAAGCGCAGCCGGAUCUGCUGAACAAUACGCCGCCUGUGCCGCCCAAGCGUUCGCAUCGGCGACGCCACACACCGCCCAGACCCAUUUCGAAUGGUUUGCCACCGACGCCCAAGGUGCAUAUGGGUGCCUGCUUCUCCAAGAUCUUCAACGGUUGUCCGCUGCACGUGCACUGCACCGCCAGCUGGAUACAUCCGGAGACACGUGAUCAGCAUCUGCUCAUUGGCGCCGAGGAGGGAAUUUACAAUCUGAAUAUGAACGAGCUGCAUGACGCCGCCAUCGAUCAGCUGUUCCCGCGUCGCACCACCUGGCUGUAUGUCAUCAAGGAUGUGCUCAUGAGCCUGUCCGGCAAGUCCUGCCAGCUUUACAGGCACGAUCUGGUGGCGCUGCACUCCAAGCAAACUGUGCGCUUCUCGCUGCACAUGAACAAAAUACCGGAGCGACUGGUGCCGCGCAAGUUUGCGUUGACCACCAAAGUGCCGGACACCAAGGGCUGCACGCAAUGCUGCGUCACACGCAAUCCCUACAAUGGCUACAAGUAUCUGUGUGGCGCCACGCCCAGCGGCAUCUUUCUGAUGCAGUGGUACGAUCCGCUGAACAAGUUCAUGCUGCUCAAGCAGUGCGAGUGGCCGGCGAUUAGCAUAUUGGGCGGUGGCCAUGGCUGCGUGCAGAACGGACAUACGCCUGUGUUUGAGAUGAUCAUUACGCCGGAGCUGGAGUAUCCCAUUGUGUGCACGGGUGUGCGCAAGGCGCAGAACGGCUGCCUCAAGCUGGAGCUCAUCAACAUGAACAGUGCAAGCUGGUUCCACUCGGAGGACUUGGACUAUGAUGCUAUGGCCACUAUGGUGCCGCGUCGUGAGCUGCUUAAAGUUGUGCGCGUGCAUCAGGUGGAGAAGGAUGCCAUACUCGUCUGCUAUGGCAACAUUAUGCAGGUGGUCACGCUGCAGGGCAAUCCCAAGCAGCAUCGCAAGAUGGUCUCGCAGCUCAACUUUGAGUUUAACGUCGACAGUAUUGUUUGUUUGCCGGACAGCGUUUUAGCAUUCCAUAAGCACGGCAUGCAGGGAAAGUCGCUGCGCAAUGGCGAAAUCACGCAGGAGAUCAAGGACAUGAGUCGCACCUAUCGACUGCUGGGCAGCGAUAAGGUUGUCGCCUUGGAGAGUCAACUGCUGCGCACUGGUUCGCUGGGCAGCGAGGAGGGGCAUGAUCUGUAUAUUUUAGCCGGUCACGAGGCCAGUUACUAGUUUACUCUAGCCGCUACUUGUUAUAUUUCAAAUAUAAUACACACACACACACAAUAAAUUUUAAAUGCAUGCGAGCGUUUUGUGCUCCGAAGCGGCGUCAACUACUAACUGUAAUUUAAUUACUCGUAGGCCUAAGCCAACUAAAAUUCAAGUAUAAGCAAUUAGCAGUCAGCAGACGCAACAAUUUCGAGAGCUACUUAGCAUUUUAUUCUAGAGCCAAUCGAACUAAAGCAACAAAAUUAAUUACAGCAAUAAAAAUUAAAGCACACAUUGCAACUAAAGAGAUUCUUAGUCGCCCUACACCGCCCUCCUUCCCCCCUCUGUAUUUUCCAUACUUUGCCAAAACCACUAGACUUAUGUAUUUAUACUAUAUAUAUGAUAAUUAAUGCAUUUUGUGUGUCCCAUUUCCGUUUUUGUAAUUAUA